AUGACAAAUAUAGUGAAACCAAAGGAAUCAUUUGAUUCUUCCAAUGUAGACUCAUCAAGUAAAUUAAAUAAAAUGAAUAUUACCAAUCUACAAAAUUGUGAAAAUAAUAGUAGGUCACAAAACCUUAAACAAAUACUUUUAAAAGCUUUUCGAAAGACACAAAAACCGGUAAAUGAAGAGGUUUCUUUUAUAGAGACUGAUAACAAAUUAUUAAUUCCAUCUUAUUCAUCCGCUACAAAUCUACAACAAACGCGAACCAUUUCAGCGGUUGUUAAAAAAACCAAAAAACCGGUAAAUGUGCACGAAGGGGAUCCUUAUAUAGAGGCUGACAACAAAUCGAUAUCGUCAACACGUUUUUUUCCAUCUUUACGUAAAUAUUCAUCCGCUACAAACCUACAACAAUCAUAUGAAAAUGAUAAUGCAUCGCAGAAAUUUAAGCGAGGUCUUUCACCGAACGUUCGAAUAACCAAAAAACCG